UUUCAGCUCCAUUUCGAGCUUAGCAUGAGAUUCGGAAAAGGUGGUUUAAUGAAACUUCAUUAUAUACGAUUGAUUGUAUUUUUCUUUAGUGUUUUGCAAGGCACAAGGAGUUGUAUGUUUCAUUCCAAAGAAAGGUUCACCAACGUUGCUUUUUUAUUUCACUCUUCUCGGGUUUCCGCUGCCCUGUGUUUAUUGUUUUGUAACUCACCGGAUGUCAUCCGGAAAUAGAGAAAAAAAAAUCAUUAAAAAGCCAUUUGCUGCUCAGCAUCCAGGAAAAAAAGGAACAUUUUCUAAAAGCAUUUGCGUGAGAGAAACGUCACACAUAAAUAGAGAGAGAGCGAGAGCGAGCGAGCGAGCGAGAGAGAGAGUUUUAUCGUUUUGGGGAUGAUAUGUCUUCUUGGAUUGUUUGCUUUUUUUUUGCUGCACACUGUGCGCGCAUAUCACUUGUGCUAUAGGGGUUGUUGCGAAUUGUUGCUUUUAGUUUAGUAUUUUGUCUGCUGACACGCGCGUCUUACGUUUUUGUAUAGUGAAGUUUGAACGAAUAGUUCCAACCGAAGAGCAGGAGCACCGAAAGAGAAAGAGAAGUUCUCGUUAGUUUCAGUGGCCCUUUCUGGGCGUAUUUGUGCGCAAAAGUGUAUUACCCGAGUGUUUAUCUCUUUUUUUUAAAUAAAGAAAAGUGGCGUAUAGUAUCACUGUGUACCGUGCGCGAUCAAAUGUGACAAGUGUGCGUGCGUAUGUGUGUGUGUGUGAUUGAGUAGAAGCAAUACGUUGCCAGGGAGAGGAGAAGGGAGUAUGUUGGCAAAGUGUAAACCAUUUGCAAGUCUGCCGAGAAAGAAAUAGAAUUAACAACAACACAAAUAUAAGUGGAAAAUACUUAGUACAUAACACAACAUAACGGAAAGUUUAGAGUGGUGUGUGAAAGUGAAGAUAAAUUAGUUUAAAAAAAUAGAGGAAAAGAAAAACAAACCAAAAGUAAAGGUGAUAGGAGAACAACCGAAACCACCGCCAUCUCACAUCGCCCUCGUUUAAGUAGCGCAACAGUGUAAACGGCUGCUGUCAAACGCCAAACACACAAGAUGGCGGAUCUGGAGGCAGUGCUGGCAGACGUCAGCUAUCUGAUGGCGAUGGAAAAAUCCAAGUGUAUGCCGGCGGCCCGGGCAAGCAAGAAAAUCGUUCUGCCCGAUCCAAGUGUCCGAAGUGUGAUGCACAAAUACCUGGAAAAGGAAAAUGAGGUCAACUUUGAUAAAAUUUUCAACCAAGUGUUAGGAUAUUUACUAUUCAGAGACUUUUGCGACAAUGUCUCAGAGGAACCGGUGCCACAUUUGAAGUUCUACGAAGAGAUCAAAGCCUACGAAAAGACAGAGUGCCAUGACGAGAGGCGGAAACAGGCGCGAGAUAUCUACGACAAUUACAUCAUGAAGGAAAUGUUGUCCCACACACAUGAAUAUUCCAAGGAAGCGGUCGCACACGUCCAGAAGUAUCUGAUGAAAAACGAGGUUCCAGUGAACCUGUUCGAGCCGUACAUCGAGGAAAUAUUUCACCAUUUGCGGGGCGAACCGUUUCGAAAGUUUCUCGAAAGCGACAAGUACACCCGCUUCUGCCAGUGGAAAAACCUGGAGCUCAACAUACAGCUAACGAUGAACGAUUUCAGCGUCCAUCGGAUCAUCGGGCGGGGUGGUUUCGGCGAAGUGUACGGCUGCCGCAAAGCGGACACAGGAAAAAUGUACGCGAUGAAGUGUUUGGACAAGAAGCGCAUCAAAAUGAAGCAGGGUGAAACGUUAGCACUGAACGAACGGACAAUGCUGUCACUCGUCAGCACGGGGGUCGAUUGCCCAUUCAUCGUGUGCAUGACAUACGCUUUCCACACACCGGACAAGCUCUGCUUCAUCCUGGACCUCAUGAACGGCGGUGACCUGCACUACCAUCUGUCCCAGCACGGUGUCUUCAACGAAUCGGACAUGAAGUUUUACGCGGCAGAGGUAAUUCUUGGGCUCGAACACAUGCACAAACGGUUCAUCGUGUACCGGGACCUGAAGCCGGCCAACAUACUGUUGGAUGAGAACGGGCACGUGCGCAUCUCCGAUCUUGGGCUGGCCUGUGAUUUUAGCAAAAAGAAACCGCACGCAUCGGUCGGUACCCACGGUUAUAUGGCGCCGGAGGUACUGUCCAAGGGUACGCCGUACGAUUCGAGCGCCGACUGGUUCAGCUUCGGCUGCAUGCUAUACAAACUGCUCAAGGGCCAUUCGCCGUUCCGACAGCACAAAACCAAGGACAAGCACGAGAUCGACCGGAUGACACUAACGAUGCAACCUUCCUCCUUGCAGAACGUGGAGCUGCCGGAAUCGUUCAGCAAAGAACUGAGAGACCUGCUGGAGGGCUUGCUGCAGCGUGACAUCGACAAGCGGUUAGGCUGUAAGGGUGGCGGUGCCGAGGAGGUCAAGUCACAUCCGUUCUUUGCCGGUAUCGACUGGAAUCAGGUGUACUACCAGAAGUAUACGCCACCACUAAUACCACCGCGCGGUGAGGUUAAUGCUGCGGAUGCGUUCGAUAUCGGUUCGUUCGACGAGGAGGACACCAAGGGCAUUAAGUUGACCGAACAGGAUCAGGAACUGUACCGAUACUUCCCGCUAACGAUCUCCGAAAGGUGGCAACAGGAGGUGGCAGAAACGGUGUUCGAAACCGUCAACACGGAGGCGGACAAGGUGGAACAGAAACGCAAAGCCAAACAGAAGCAGCGCUUCGAUGCGGACGAGAAGGAAUCGGAUUGCAUACUACACGGGUAUAUUAAAAAGUAUGGCGGUUCGUUCGCGUCCGUCUGGCAGACGCGCUAUGCCAAACUCUAUCCUAACAGACUGGAGUUGCACACCGAAAGUGGCAGCACCAAACCGGAGCUGGUGUUCAUGGAUCAGAUCGAGGAGGUGUCGCCGGACUUUGUCCAGUUCAAGAACGAACAGUGCGUGCAGAUCCGGUUUCGCGACGGUAUUCGCGAUGGCAAGCUGAUCCUAACGAACUCGGAUGAAAUCGGCUUGAAGGAAUGGGCCUUAUCGCUGCGGGCAGCACACAAAGAGAGCCAGGAGCUGCUUGGUUCGAUGGCGAAAAAGGCGGGCAAAAUUUACGGCACCGAAGGCCAACGCGGUGGCGGCCCGGAUGGUAAGCAGCUGGGCGGUGGCGCCGGUAUGGUGAUUGCGAGCGGCGGUGCAACCGGUGGUGUGAUCGCGGCCGGUGGCCAGAAGAACGCGAACGGUGGUUCCAACUAGCGGUUGCUGUUGCGAUCUCGGUCCUGCUUCAUAGAACCGAAUCGUUUGAAGGAACCGCUGGUGAAGAUGAAGUGCAAGGACACCUAAGCGCUGCGUGUCACCCGGUACUCAUCAUCGUGCGCUAAGUAUUAACCACUUCAUGACUCCGAGUUGCAAAAAAACGGGUUUUUUCUACUAGUGAAAAUUAAAAUUAUGUCGCGCACGCGUGCACACACACACACGUGCCAAGAGUUUAGAGUAUUACAAAUUGCGACCACACUCAUCAGCAUAACUAUCUCUGGUUUACGGGAUGCGCACGGGACAAGAGUAUGUAGCUGAUGUGUGUAUGUGUGCUUUUUCCCCGAUGGUAAGUUGAUACACGAUAGAGUGUGUGUGUGCUUGGGCUUGAGCAUGCAGAUGUGCAACCUGUUUUUAAAUAGAGUGCGUCUGCGUGCGUACAUUCAAUGUGACUGAACGUGGGCUGGAACGUUUCGUAACGCAGCGCUGCAGAGUGAUAUUUGAACGCCGGGUUCACAUCCAAAGAAUUCCAGGAAGUUACGAACAAUAUGUGCGCUCCAUGACGGUGGUAAUUAGGUUCGAAAUUAACGAGAAUAUACGUCGGGGACAGUAACUGUAGCAUCCCUCUCCAGGGAUAUAAUUCGAUCGUUUAGGGUGCAAUGCGUGCACGUGUGUGUGUGUGCGCGCGCGGGCGACAUUUUGCGAGACGCAUUUAUGUGCAAAGCAAAUAAUCAGUCCUAGGUGAUAUGUGGAGGAGGAGGAAAAAAAAACAAACAAACAUACACAAAAGCGAAAACCGAUAGAGAAAGAUUCAACAUACAACACACACACAAAAAAAACAUAACGCUAGAAUAAUGAAUGUGUCAAUUUAGUAUUGUAUUAUUACGACGUGAUAAAGAAGAGUAGCACGUGACGGCACUGACUGCAAGACUAGGACGCGGAAGAGGAAUCGGAUGCAGGGCGUAAAGGGGAUACUCACAAAUACACACUUUCGUAUGAUUAGCCGUGUGGGGGGAUGUAGGGAUAUGGUAGCAUAACUUAACGCCAUUAGUGCAACGUUUAUACAGGUGUAACAGUUGUCAUCUUAUUGAGACUUUCGCAUACUUACACCACCAACCAUUGGAGCCGACCAAGGAGAGCAAUCAAUCGGACACUCUUCCAUUACCAGCAUAGUAUGGCUCGUACAACAACAACAACAAAAAAACCCCAACAGAACAUACGCGAAUACGGUGCGUAAGAACUGCUGCUGGAUGCCUAUACUGUUCCUUUACUUUUUUAUGUAACGCAAAAGAAAAGAAAAAUAGUAGAAUGUGGGAAAAGAUAGUUGUUGUGUAAGGAUAGAAUUGAUUUCGAAUUUUGAUCCGUUUUAGCAAGUAAACUAAAACACGCUUUGUUGUGUAGGGGUGCAAACAUUGCGACUGGGAUAAUUUGUUGGUAUCUUUCGUUACCGUUGCCAUUAAUCAAAGCACAAUCAAUGACAAUAGAUCGCAGCACUGCGCAACAACAAAAAAUACACACAUACACUUAGCACAACAGCACAAUACAAAAUAUCCGUUAAUAGUAAGACAAACUAUUUCAGCUGGGCUAUUAGGCGGGCUAAAGGGAAGUUCAUAGAUUUCACCACAAUUAUGCAUAGCAUCACAACGUUCGCUCGUUCUUCCUCUUCCGAGAUGCCCACCCGAGACGAGAGCGAAGUAUAAAUUAUUUAGAGAAGUAUUAUAUAGACAUUUAAAAAGGAAGAAACUACAAAACAAUAUAAUAAUAAUUAAAAAAAAACGCGCACGAACAAUCCUCAACAUAGUGAGUAGCGGUGGGAAGAAGAGCGGAUGCCGGGUGUGUUUGUGUGAUGAGUAUGGUGUGGGUAAAUCCUCCGGAUAUGGAUGAGGAUUGCGAUUUUGCUGGGUAAAACCUAGAUGAUACUUUACAAUCAAUUAGCUAGAUUGGGAUUGGGACCUCGCCCUGUCGCGCAAGGGAAGUCAUUGUGUAUGUAAAAAGCAACGUUCUCUGUUUGAUAGCCGUCGGUGUACCUAGCAGCAGUAGGGACGAACAAAAAUGUAACCCUUUUCAAUCCACCAGUAAUCACAACACGAUGAUCAUACCCAUGCAUGUGGCAAUAGUGUUUAAUAAGGGGUAUAAUUUAGCGUUCUCGUGUAAACCGCCAGCUCUGCAAUGUGUUUUUGGGAUGACUGGCCACGAAUCAACUGACCCGUGGCAAUGUUAAUCAAUUACUGCUGGGGGAAAUUACAUUAGCUAACGUCUAUUUGCGGUAUGCGCAAGAAGCAAAAGAUAGAGAUGAUUGCAUGAGAUAGAAAUGCUAGCGGCACUGCGCCGAAAACAGAAACCGUAUUCGAAAGGAAACCAAAAAAGCUAGGGCAAAACAAAAUGAAUGCAAAAAAAAAUUACAAACAAACAAAAAGUAUAUAAACAUAACGUAUAAAUUCAGCAGCUCACUGUUAUGCAACACCAAGACUUUAGAGUAGAUGAUUUGAUUUCGUUCUUUCAUCCGUUUUAAAAAAACACGGUACAUUACUUGUUACGGGUGGUCAAAUUGUGCGACCGGAACCGAACAAACAGAACCACACCAAACACAUACACACACCGAGAUCAGUGCAUGUUUAACGUUUAUAUCGCGAUUCCCUGUUUAAUUCUAUCUACUGGAAGAAAAAAGAAAAACUCUCAGGGCCUUUUGCUACCACCAAGAAUUUGCGCCAGGGAGACGAGUUCGUUUGGUUACUCUUCUGUGCUGGAGAGGUUUACCUGAGACAUUCGCGGAGCAGUGUGGAUCCAGAUAGUGUAUGGCUCUUCUAUAAGGAUCGAGCUGAAAGUCUAUGAUAACACCUGCAGCAAUCACGACCUGCGCAUUAGUGAUGUAUCGAUAGGUGAUUGCAUCUUGGAAAUCUUUCACUCAUCUUGCGUCCAAAGUCGACGGGCAUUCUCCAGUUUGAAGAAUCUUCUGCAAUUCGUCGGUUGAAGCUUGGAUUAUAUUAAAGAUGAGCCUGAGCGCAUCGCGAAACAAAGUCCUUUCAAUAUGCGAAGUAACUGCUCAGAAGUAUUUUUGAUCAUUUGUACGUGAAAGGAUAACUAAGGACCCAUUAAAAGGACGAGUUCUAAGAGUUAUAAGUUAGACUCACUGUUGUAUAAUGAGCUAUACACGUUAGGUGCGCCAUGAAGGUUGGUCAUGUCAAUAGAAUGACACCGAACAAUCCAGUUCGUAAAGUCUUUUUCAGUCGUCCACUUUGAUGGAGAACGUAUGAUAGAUCUCUAAUGACCAGGAUACGAGACUGGCGCUCGAAGCGGAUGCAGGGAGUUCUCCAGCAGGUGAAGAAGGGCUAAGUAACUAAGUAGUAAGGGUAACAGAGCGAACAACCAUCACAAACAAAACUAAGGUUUAACCUAAAGCAAAACAAAACGCAGCAAAGUAUUUUUUUUUGCAAACUUCAUUUGUAUUAUGCUUUUCUUGUUUAACGAUUUGAAGCUAAUCGAUUGAACUAUCCACUAUAAAAGUAAAAAACAAAAAAAUCCAGUAGAAGUACAUACAUUUACAAAAAAUACUGUGCACUUUGCAUUUGGAAAAUAGACGUUUUCACCAACGAUCCGUAGCCGUGUUAAACGACCUAAAAGGAGGACCGGGGGCAAAAAACAACUAACAGUACAGACAUUGCCAAGCAAUAGUGCCGUGGAGUAGGGAGUGUGUUAGCUAGUGCUUAAAACCGGGGUCCUCACACAGUACUUUAAUUAGUAGCGCUUAGUUUACGCUCAUCUCCUGUUAGGGCGCCACUCGCACACAACGCAUCGUCGUCGUGUGUCAUCAUCAAUAAUGGCCAAGGAUCGAAACGAACUCUGCCGAACAAAAAAAAGGGGGCCUUUAGCAAAACAAAACAAAAAAAUGGAGGGCAAAGUAAAUAAGUGAGUAACGAUGCAGAUAAAAUGGAAGUACUUGUUGUAAAUAGUGUCCUCAAGCAACACCCCGCUCUAGACAGCAAAAAGAAAACUAUCAUAUUCGAUGUUUUUACUCUGUAUGUGUUUGUGUGAGUGAGUGAGUGUGUCUGUAUGUGUCGGGUUCGUGAUCUUCUUCGCGUUGAUCGUGAUGAGCCUGAUGAUAUUAUUAGUUUCGAAACAAACGCGCCGCAACACAAACAAUCUCUCGCGUUCAUUGUGCCGCUUGCAUUGAUUUGAACCAUUUUCUCUGUUGUUCAACAUGGUACCGGUACAAAAAAAAACAUACAAAACGGUUGGUUGCAUAAAACGGAUUCCGAUAGCUCUAAAUGGUAUGGAUAUCGCCACCCUUAUCGAAGGGUGUGGAACACAAAAAAGCCACGCCGGUAACGGUAUGGUUCCAACAAAAGCCAUAGUUAUAGUGGGUGCCGCAGCAAACUGUGCCACUCCCUUAAGCCCGGUAUGAAACAUUAGACGUUCUAGGUGUAUGGUAAUUAGGAAUAGUGUGGGCAAGAACGAUGCCCCAGGCGCCAAAUCCGUUUACGGAACCGUGGCGUACAGCUGUGUGUAUAGAAGUAGUAGUAAUUAGUAGCAGUUGUAGUAAUAGUGGCGCAGCCGAUAAAACAGCUCCAUACAUUUGCUGUCCCCACACUGGAACACGUGCAGUAGUAUUUCAAAAAUGAAUGCACACCGAACAAACAGACGAGGGUGUGUGUGUGUGUGUCUGUACUGCGUGCCAGGAUCGCGAUUUUCAUCGAUCACAAAACAAACACUAACAUAGAUGCGCGCGCGGUACUACGUGAUCGCUUCGUACAAAAAAAACAACCCAUCAAGAGCGUAUUUUCCCUCUUGAUAUUUAGCACAAAUAUUAAUAAUCAACAUGAAGAAGAAAUUUAAAAACACACACACACACAAGAAGCAGAUUGUGAAAAUAGUGAUUGAAGUUAGUGCAAAAUUAGUAGCGUAACAUUAAAAUGCAUUAAUGUGUCUGUAUGUGUCUUUGCGAUGAGCGUUAAACCGCCAAUGGUAAGGGAGGAAGAGAGGAAGUGAAGGAUGAGAAUAAGGGGGUGGAGGGGGGGGUCAAAGGUCAGAGGAAAAUGUAGUAUUUUCUAGUACAUAGAAUGCUAAACGUUAUCAUUACGUGUUUGUGUGUGUGUGAGCGUGUGGUUGAAGAUACAAAUCCACCAUUUUGUUCGACGGUGAAAGAGAGCAACGCAAACAUUAGACGGACAGGCACACACAAACACAUAUAACGUGCAUUAUAUACAUAUGAAAGAUCAUGUUGCAUGUAAUGCAAUUGGUUGAUAUGAUGUUGAAAUUUUUAAAAUAAUUUACCUACAAGAAAACAACCAAAAACAAACAAAAGGAUCUAAUGAUAAACGAUAGGUAUUGUUACAUCCUUUGCCAAAAAGUGAAAGAAUGGAAAAUUUUACGAUGCAAACAAAUAACAAAUGUCACAACUCACUGUGACUAAUUGCAAUUGCACGUUUAAGAACACGAAGAUGAAAAUAGAAAAAGGCUCCCCCCGGCCCAAUACAAAUCUUCCUCCUUCCAGUGGAUUGUAUGUGUUAAUUUAACUGUGUAGCAUUUAUCGAAACACAAUUACAUGUUUGCAUUAUUGCAAAAAAAACAAACAAAA